AUGCCCGUCUUCCAGGAAACUUCAAACGCCGCAAGAGAUCUCAGAAUCUUGCCGUCGCGCGCUCCUCCGCUACCAAGGCUUUCUCACGGGCGCGAUGACACGGCAAGCUCCGAGGGGAAUCAUGAGGUGGUAGUCAUAGGUGCCGGGCCAAGCGGUCUUUUCCUGACCUUGUUACUAGCCAGGUAUGGCGUCACAGACUCUUCACUCCUCUGCCUGGACUCCAAACCGGGGACACUGAAGGCGGGCCAGGCGGACGGACUGCAGCCCCGAACAUUGGAGGUGCUCCAGAGCCUUGGGAUAGCCGAAGAAAUAAUCAGCGAGGGCUGUCAUAUGGAGGAGGUGGCAUUUUGGAACCCGGCGAAAUCAGUCGCGCAAACAAACGGCAGUGGCGCGCAGGUCGGUAAAGGCAUCGAGAGAACCAGCUUCGUCCCCGAUGUCAGCGUGCCUGCGCGCUUCCCUUUUGAAGUCACCAUUCACCAAGGCCGCAUCGAACGCAUCUUUCAGGAGAAUCUCCAUCUUUAUGCGCCCAAAAACACAAUUCGAAGGUCGCAUCGCUUCCUCGAGUACACAUUCGAUGACAGCCACCCCGACUUUCCCAUCCUGGUCAAGUAUGAAUACGACCUCCCGGAUGGGACGACAGAACAGGGCACCGUUCGAACAAAGUACCUCGUGGGAGCAGACGGCGCCCGCUCACUCGUGCGAAAGUGUAUGGGUCUUCAACUCCAGGGCGAGACGACUGAUCACAUCUGGGGGGUGUGCGACUUUGUUGUAGACACCGACUUUCCCGAUAUUCGCAAACGGUGUGCGGUUCACUCAGACGCAGGCUCGGUCAUGGUGAUUCCUAGAGAGCGAAUCGCGACUGGUGAGUACCUUACUCGCCUGUACGUUCAGGUAUCUGGUGAGGUUGCCCAGGAUCGGGACGGUGAAACGGACAAGAAAUCAGCGGACAAGAAGAGGCGUGGCGCCGUCACCUUGGAGUACAUCUUUGAGCAGGCGCAGGCAGUUUUUGCACCAUACAAGAUUAAGAUAAAAGAAGGUACAGCGCCAGACUGGUGGGCUGCAUAUCAGAUCGGCCAGCGUAUGACGCCCAAGUUCACUGCCAGGGCCAAUGAUGGCGUGGACAGAGUGUUUAUCGUGGGGGAUGCUUGCCACACUCACAGCCCCAAAGCUGGACAGGGCAUGAACGUGUCCAUGAUGGACUCUUACAACCUGGCAUGGAAGCUUGCCCACAGCCUCCACGGGCUGACCCCUUGUGUCCCUUCUGGAGCAGCGGAUCCUGUUCUAGAAACCUUUGAAGAGGAGCGUGUGGAUGUCGCUCGUCAGCUCAUCGAGUUCGAUACGCAGUUUUCUCACAUGUUUUCCGGCCAGAUUGGCUCUGCAGAUGCUGAAGCAGCAGGCCUGACGCACGAGGAGUUUCUCCGUGUUUUCAAUGAAGGAAACGGCUUCACCAACGGUUGCGGUCUUCAUUACAAACCCAAUAGGCUUGUAAGAGCACCUGCCGACACCUCCAGGGAGUUGACCCCAGCCGAGUCGCUUUCUGGCGCGUUGACGCCCGGCAGGCGGCUACUCGAUGUCCAGGUGAAGCGAUAUGCCGAUGCCAACACUCGACACCUACAAGAUGAAAUGCCAUCAACGGGCCGCUACCAUGUCCUCUUGCUUGCAAGCAACGACCUCCUUGACAAAUUCGGCGCUUCUCAAUCAGCCAUACUAUCGUCCAUCGAUAUUAUCCAAAAGUUCCCGACAGGCGCCAUCAACCUCGUAAUACUUCAUCCAUUGACUGAGCGAUUCGAGUGGGUAGAUCUACCUCCAAGUGUCAAGACAUUUGCCGAGAUGCGGACGUAUGGAUUGGCGAAGAAUGAGGACGCGUACAAGGUGUUUGGCGUAUCCAAGGAUGAGGGAACCAUUGCAGUAAUUAGACCUGACGGCUAUGUUGGCAUGCUAGCGCCUCUUAUGGGUUCUAAACUGGUAGAGGGUUAUUUCCAUGGUUGUUUAAUUAGCAUUUAA